AAACAUAACCACACUCUCACGUACCCGAUCUAUAGGGUAUACCACCACAAAAAUGAGCGGAACCCACUCUAGAAAGUCUCUCAAGACUAGCUUCCGACCGUCUCCGCGGUCCAUCCGCCCUAUCUAUACUGGCGGACCCGUUCUUCUUACCAAGGAUGGCCAGUGGAUAAUCACUACCAUGGGAGAAGAGGCCUUGGUGACGGAAGUGCAGACUGGGUUGGCUAUCGCUAGAAUACGAGGGGACGGCACACCCAUUACGUCCCUCUCGCUCUCCUACCAUACUUCACCACCUACUCUCAUCACAUCGCACAUGUCCAUGACUGUCCGGUACUACCCUCUUCCUGAAUCAGCACCCCUCUCAUCUACUCCCAAACCCCCUUCAUUAACCUACACCCGUAUCCUCAACAAAGCCCACUCGGCUCCUAUCCUCGUCUCAAAAGUUUCCCCCGACAACACGCUUUUAGCUACUGGAUCCUCUGAUGGAAUUGUCAAGGUCUGGGACUUGGCCGGUGGAUACGUGACACAUCUGUUCAGAGGACAUGGCGGUCCCGUUUCGGCAUUACACUUCAACUUCCCCAUCAUCUCUGGAGAAGAACGACGUCGUAUGGAGCUUCUCACUGGGUCGACCGACUCCAGGGUACGGGUUUAUGAUCUUCGAGAUGCUAAUGCCCGUGUUGUCGGUGGUGGGAAUGCGGUCAAGCCUAAAGCAGUGCUCGAGGGUCACGUCUCUGUCGUUAGAGGGAUUGAUGUUACCCCCGACGGCAAAUGGGCUGUCACCGGUGGUCGAGACAAGGUCGUGCUUGUAUGGGAUAUGCUUUCAGGAGAAACAACGGCUUUGGCCAAAAAGGGUAAAGGAAAGGCGACAGCGGGCCCCAAGUUGGUGCAAACUAUCAUCGCACAAGAGCAAGUCGAAUCUUUGGGUUUAUUGCCCCAAGAAGAGCAAGUUUCUGGUGCAGCCGAAGGGAGAUGGCUUUGCUACACCGGUGGAGAUAAAGGAUUGGUGAGGGUCUGGGACGUCCUCAAGGGAACCCAGGUUGCUACAAUGAAAGGCGUCGAAGGGGUCGAUGAAACAGAGUUGGACGAGGACGAACAGCGCGGCGUUCUUUCCGUAAUGUACUCCCCAACCUCCUCGUCCCUCGUAUCUAUCCACGCCGAUCAAAACAUCAUCUUCCAUUCCCUUUCCACUCUCCUUUCAACACGUCAAAUUAUAGGUUUCAACGACGAAAUCGUCGACGUCGCCUUCCUCUCCCAUCCCUCCGCACCAACCACCUCCCCUUCCUCACUUCCGGAAACACCAGACAUUCCCCACUCCCACAUGGCAGUCGCUACAAACUCCAACCUCUUGCGAGUCUACUCCACAUCCUCGUUCAAUGCCCGACUCCUUCCCGGACACAGCGAUAUGAUCCUCUGUCUUGACAUCUCCCCCGACCACCAAUGGCUCGUCACCGGAUCCAAAGACCAUACUGCUCGCGUAUGGGCGCCUACCACCUGCGCAGAGGGCGAUGGGUAUACAUGGAAAUGCAUCGCCAUCUGUGAAGGCCACGCGGAAUCGAUCGGUGCCGUCGCUUUUGCGCGCAAGCCUUCCGACAACGGUCAUGCCCGGUUCCUCUUCACUGCAAGUCAGGACCGUACCAUCAAAAUGUGGGAUCUCACUCCCCUUUCCAACUCUCUUUCUCCGUCUCCUAUCCGCCCUCGGUCGAUGGCCACCCUCCGUGCCCACGAAAAGGAUAUCAACUCACUCGAUAUCGCGCCCAACGACAAGUUCCUCGUCUCGGGUUCCCAAGACAAGCUUGUCAAGCUUUACGCCAUUGAUUUCAACCCGCCCAAGGUACCUGGAGAAGGAAAAGGUGCGGAAGGAGGUUUCAAGGCUUUGGGUACUUGUGCAGGGCAUAGAAGAGGUGUAUGGACCGUGAGGUUUAGCAGGAAUGAUAAAGUUGUGGCGAGCGGUAGUGCCGAUAGGACCGUCAAGCUUUGGAGUUUGGACGACUUUACUUGUCUCAAGACUUUUGAGGGUCACACCAACUCUGUGCUUCGAGUGGACUUUUUGUCUCAUGGUCAACAGCUCGUGACUUCUGCGUCUGAUGGGUUAGUGAAGCUCUGGAAUAUCAAGGAAGAAGAAUGUGUAAAGACGUUGGAUAAUCACGAAGACAAGAUCUGGGCGCUUGCACAUUCAUCCGACGAAUCCACCCUCCUCUCCGCCGGCGCCGAUUCCCUCCUCACCAUCUGGCACGACACCUCUCUCCUCGAACAAUCCGAGGCAAACGCCACUCUCAUCAAGUCCGUCCAGGUCGAACAGGAUUUCAUCAACUACGUCGCUCUCAAAGACUAUCGCCGCGCCAUCUUACUCGCACUCUCCAUGAGUCAGCCCGGACGUCUCUUCAACCUCUUCAGUACCGUCGUCAAGGGCCGUCAGCCCGAUUUGACAGAGGAAGAACAAGGGAUCACUGGGUCCAAAGAGAUUGAUGAGAUUAUGAAGACCUUGCCUGGAAUAGAGUUGGUGAGGUUGCUAAAGUUUGUGAGAGACUGGAAUGCGAAUGCCAAGAUGGCACCGGUGGCGCAGGUGAUUUUGCACGCCAUCUUCAAAUUGAGGAGUGCGGAGGAUAUCCUUGCGGCGUUUGAGCAGGCCAACAGGUUGCCCAAGCGUUCAGAGGAGGAAGAGGAGGAUGAAGAUGAGGACGAGGAGAAGGAGGAGGGAGAGGAAAAGAAGAAGAAGAAGAAGAAGGAACGACCGUCUCUCGGCGCGCCUAUAAGCAUCAAGGAUCUUCUCGAAGGGCUUAUCCCAUAUUCUGAGAGGCAUUUCAACAGGGUUGACAAGCUUGUGCAGGAAAGUUACAUGUUGGACUAUGUGCUUGGCGAGAUGGAAGGUGGAUUGUUUGGUGAGGAGUUAAUGGACCUCCAAUAAAGAGGUCUAGAGUAGAGUAGAUGAUGCUAUGCACAGACAGGCACAGGGCUUUUUUUCUUCUGGCUUACCACCACGUCAUUGUCAAAUAUCAUUUGUCAAAUAUCGUUUCAUAGCUGUUCGUCUAUCAUAUAUGACCUUGAUUCUCUAUAAUAAAAUUCGUUUCUAUGGCAUACAUGACAAUUCAU